CACUUCAUUCUCCUUAACUUUUCAGCAAAUUCUUCACUACUAGUGCAGGUUCUCCAAUGGAAAAUUUGACGGUGGUUCUCCCAACAAGAGCUCUUAAACCUGACGGAAUUGCCAAGGGCAGGGUCAGUGCCUCCAACCAGCGCUUUCUUCAUCUUAUGCCCAGGAUUCCACCAGAUGAGAAGUCAACACCGUUUUUGGCUAAGGAUGCGCACGGCCGCCCCAUUCAUCACCUUAUGUACGAGAAGAGGAAGAGCGAGCUCCGUCCGAAGCAAACAAUUACUGGCCUAAAACACUUCUUCCAAGAGCAUGGUCUGCAACCUGGGGAUCGAAUUACCGUGUACAAGGAGGAGGGCAAUGAGGUGAUGUUGAUGGGAACACCCAUCUCAUCUGCACUCUAUAUCUGGGACGAGUCAAGCGGCCACCAGCGAGGAAAGAAAGAGUGGGGUGGAACAGUUGAAGGAGGGGAACAAUCGGAUUAUGGGCAUCUGCUCGUGGAUCAAAUAGGAGAGGGACGAAGAGGAGCAGACGACAGAUGGAAUGGCGGAAAGGAAGAUCUGGUGUCCAAUCGGGCGGCGGUGAUGAGGCCGUCCGGUCGUGUGCAAAGGAAAGAAUCGAGGGAGGUGGGGGGUGUGGUUGAGCCGUGGGGCAGUCCUUUGCCCGCCCCCCAACCCGCUAAUAUCAAGGCUGCAGCCUUGUGCUGCGUUGUUGUCACCACCGUUGCUUUUUAACUCCGACUACAUCUCCUUCUUUCAGAUCUCGUUUGUUUAAUUUUUCAUUAGAUUCAUGUCUUUAUGUCUCCUGUUUGCAAAUCAUUUUGGUGGAUUAAUUUUUGACCAGUUUUAUUCGGAUCUGAUCUUUGGCAUUUCCAGAGUUAAAGUUAAGCCAAAUACAAGACUUCCCGGCACGAUUCUGUUUCUUUUUCUGAAUUUAGCCUUUUAGUUACUUUUAUUUUUUUAAUGUUAUAAAUAAUAAAUGUUCUU